AGGAAUCAAGGAAAGACUACUAGUCUACUAGGCAGGAGAAUCCUCCUCUCUCCCAUUCCGACAGACGCUAGCUUUACAUGUCGUGAACCAUGGGGACAAUAAGACUUCGAGUGUCGUUUGAAGAUCGCCACAUUCUGAGCAAAUUACAGAAAUCGGAGCGAUUGAAACGAAGCUGGCUUCUCCUCAGUCCUCAACAUAAGACCAUCUCUGAUGUCUCAUACUAUCUUAUUGAAGCGUUUCAACUCGCUCACACUUGCCCUAAUGGAAUCGUACUAUCGAUGGAUGGGUUUGUACUGCCGCCGUUUGAAUCAGUGGGUAUCUUAAAUGACAAAGAUGUAAUCAGUGUCAAGAAGAAAGUAUUCAAGGCAUCUAAUAUUAUCAAAGCAGGGGAACCUGAAUGGCAACUUGUGUUGCAUAACAAAGAUAUUAUGGCCAAGCAACCAGAGCCUGCUGCUAUUCCACUUUUGGCAAAUGAGGAGUUUGGAAAAGAAGCUGGUGGUUAUGAAAGUGAUUCAGAAAUGGAAGGUACUAGGGCUGAGGAUGCUUUACAUGUGGAGAAUCCUGUUGAAGUCGAGUUUUCAAAGAAAAGAAAAGCAACAGAAAGUCUUCCGAGUGCUAGCAAGAAGAGAAAGUGCAACACGAUCACUGAAGAUUUUGAAACCAGCAAGGAUUAUGAGAAUGGCAAGAUCCAGACGGAGAUGAAUAUAAGCAAGGAUGAGGAAGUACCAACCGUUGAGAUUUCAUGCAAGGAAUCUAUUUUCAUUGGUGCUAAAAGCAUCAAGGAGCAACCCUCAAAGAGGAAAAAGAGUGUUAAUCAUCCUGGAAGAAAGGGUACAGUCAUCAUGAAGUCACGUGAUUUACCUGACUCAACUAGAAAGGUUAGCAGAAGUUCUAGGCGAAAAUAUGCCAAAAGGAAAUUUCUGAAGGAAUUACGGGAAGCUGAAAAUAAUAUCGAAAGGUCAAAGGUCUCAAAAAAUGAGGAGCAAUCUCCCGAAAAGGAGAUGCAGAAGAAUCCUACAGAGUACCAAUCCUUUGAAAAGGACAAACUGAAGAAUCCUAUUAAAUGUCAUGGACCAGAUCAUUAUAGUGAAGUAGAUGGUGACAUUGUUCCUAUCAUUAUUAGACCAGGACAUAUUCGCUUUGAGCCCCUGGAAAAAGACCACAUUGUCCAGGAUAAUCCAAUACCACUGGAAUCAUUUCAGUGGAAUGGAAUCACCAGCAAGGAAAAGGGUCAGAAGUGGGGUAAAGAGAAAUUCCCAGCUAAAAGAGUUAUUGACUCUAAAGACUUAAACAAUAGAUCUUCUUCUGAUAAAGAAUCUCAUCUAAUUGAACCUAUGAACUUUGAAAACCUAGCACCACUUUCAACACUGCCUCAGAAUGGUGAUUUAAUUGCUUAUCGUCUUCUUGAAUUAUCUUCAACUUGGACACCUAUGCUUUCUUCUUUUCGGGUUGGAAAGACGUCAAGAUGUGAUGCUGAAUCAAAUGUGGUUCUGUUAACUCCAGUCUCAGAAUAUCCUAUUGUUGAGGAGAAGAAGGCAGAUGAUGAUGUCUCAGAGCAACGAGAAGACUCUCUUUAUAAGGAAGAUGGAUCUUUAGAGAUUGAUUUUUCUUCAUUGAUUGAUGUACGAAUUUUCAAGCCCAGCAACCAUGAUCCUGCUGAAGCUGUUAAUGGAAGGGGCAGUAAUGAUCUUGAUUGGAAUACAUUGAUCCCUGUUAAUGCUGCCACCUCAGAUAAAAAAGAAACUAACCGUUGGGAAGAAAUGAGCAAGACUCUUAGUGCCAAGAAGAGUGUCUGGGGUAGUAACACUAUAAAUAGUCUAGGCAAACCUGUAGGUCACUACAGUGGAAACCCAAAAAGUACCCAUUGGGGUAGUAGGAAUAUUAAUACUACUUUUGGCAAGAGCUCGUGGUCAUCUUAUAAAGCAUUUACUGGUGGCGCACCACCCAGACCCUACCACAGCUUCUCUAAGAGCAGAAAAUAAUCAUAUUUUGUUGGUGGUGUGUUUUUGUUC